AUUUCUUCGGAUUCUUUAUUAAUUGAGAAAAUCUGCUCAGGAUUUUCACCAAAAUUACACUUUGAUUCUUUCUUCUUUUUUUUCAUGUAAUCUUUUUUUGUUUAAAUGGAAUAUAAAAUCUCUAGAGUGUUUCUUUGAUUUUUAAGGGAAUUUCCGAUUUCCCUUUCCAAAUUCAAACCCUAAUGUAAUUGUGAUCAGUGGCAGUAUUCGUUGAUAAAUACCUGCUUCCUUCUCCCUGUCUUCUUCGCAAGCUCUUAUUAUAUUUCCUUUGCGUUAUAAAUGAAGUGUUAAGCACCAGUUACGACCUAGUUUAUGUGUUUGAUUUAGGUGUCGGGAGUUUUUAGAAGAUGAGUUUUGCGAUAUCAGAUGAGUUGUUGGGCACUUUCGUGCCGAUAGUGGUUUAUUGGGUGUAUUCAGGGAUUUAUGUUGCUUUGGGUUCGCUCGAGAAGUACAGAUUGCAUUCGAAGAAAGAUGAAGAUGAGAAGAAUUUGGUGUCGAAAGCAAAUGUCGUCAAAGGCGUUCUUCUUCAGCAAACCGUUCAGGCGAUUGUUGCUAUGGUUUUGUUUACGAUAACAGGAGAUGAUUCUGGGGCUGCUACGGCGCAUGUCCCUUCCUUACUUGUCCUAGCCAGGCAGUUUCUUGUGGGAAUGUUGGUUUUAGAUACAUGGCAAUAUUUUAUGCAUCGAUACAUGCACCAUAACAAGUUCCUGUAUAAACACAUCCAUUCUCAACAUCAUCGACUUGUUGUCCCGUAUGCAUUUGGAGCUCUAUACAAUCACCCAUUGGAAGGUCUUAUCCUUGACACAAUUGGUGGAGCUUUAUCUUUUCUCUUUUCUGGGAUGACUCCCCGGACUUCAAUCUUAUUCUUCACAUUCGCCACUAUCAAAACAGUAGAUGACCACUGUGGGCUCUGGCUCCCGGGAAACGUCUUCCAUGUGAUAUUUGGUAAUAAUACUGCAUAUCAUGAUGUCCACCACCAAUUGUAUGGCAGCAAAUAUAACUUCUCGCAACCAUUCUUUGUCAUGUGGGAUAGAAUUUUCGGAACUUAUAUGCCUUAUUCACUUGAGAAAAGAGCAGGUGGAGGGUUCGAAGCGCGGCCUGCUAAAGAAUCCAAGGAUGAUUGAUUGUUUACAUGGUGAGACACCAUUGAUGGGAAAAUGUAUCAGUAGCAGUAGGUCUUUUUCUAUUAACGAGCCACAGUUUAUAUGAUGUGUAUAUAAAGAAUAUUGUUGUGCUUUAUACCGGUUUGUGCUGAUUACAGAAGUCAACAAUGAAAUUGUUUGCACCAAAAUAUGUUUGUCUUCUA